AUGGACUCUCGAACGUCUCGUCUCCUGGACCCAUCCUCGGCAAUGGCGGCCAUCACCAAGCACAAGGCAGAAGCGAUCAAGCUAGCUCGCGAACAAGGGGUGGCUGUCCAAGAGAUGUGUCGUCGUGCGAAAACCGAGGUUCCACCAUACGAGUUUGAAGAGUUGAUAGGCAAAGGUGCCUAUGGUCGUGUUUACAAAGGUCAUCAAACACCAUCGGGCCGGCUGGUUGCCAUCAAAGUCCUAGAUAUUGACUCGCUAGACUACAAGUCGCUUCGGGAUUUCAGAGAUGAGUCAAUCAAAGAUUUCAUUCAUGAAACAAAGGUGAUGAAGCAAGUGAAGGAUUCCGGUGCAAAAAACAUCAAUGAGAUCAUUGAAGCCAUCUCAAUUCACUCUCAGUUGUGGCUGGUUUGUGAGUAUUGUCCCGGUGGCAGUGUCCGUACCUUGAUGCGUGCAACAAACGACAAGCUCGAUGAGAAAUACAUCAUUCCAAUCGCUCGUGAGCUAGCUGUUGGGCUUCAUGCUAUUCACGAAGCUGGAAUCAUUCAUCGUGAUGUCAAAGCUGCAAAUAUUCUUGUUCAUGAAGAGGGUCGUCUGGAAAUCUGUGACUUCGGUGUUGCUGGUGUCCUUCAAUCACAGCGAGACAAACGAUCCACCUGGAUUGGAACACCACACUGGAUGCCACCAGAGAUGUUUGCAACCCGUGGAGAGGCCCAUCAAUAUGGCAAUGAGAUUGAUGUGUGGGCGUAUGGGUGCACACUGUUUGAAUUCGCGAACGGGAACCCGCCAAACGCAGGCCUGCGAGAACGAAUGCAAAUCGGUCGCCAACUAAAUCGCAAGACUCCCCAGCUGGACAGCGAUGUGUACAGCCAAGGCCUGAAGGACCUUAUUUCCUACGCCCUUGACUCCAACCCUGAAACUCGUCCCACGAUGGCAGACAUCCUUGCCCACCCCUACAUUGCCGGUACGGAAGAGGAAUAUCCAACCGCCUCGGUUGGUGAGUUGGUGAGAAACUACUACCAGUGGUCCCAGCGAGGAGGCCAGCGGAUUUCUUUGUUCCACCCAGGCGGUGCCGCGGCAGCUGAACUCCCAGGCAUCGAGGAGUCAGAAGAUGACUGGAAUUUCAGUACAACAGAUGGAUUCGAGCGAAGAUUCUCUGUCAUUGACCUGGACGAAAUUGCCGCCUCGCUGGCGGAGAUGCAGCAGUCCAUCAGUCCUACCGACACAACUCCUGAGCAAGAGAUGUACGAAAAGUUUUCGGAGGAUGAUCUUAACUAUGAAGAUAAGGUCAAUUUCGAUGAACGUGUGCGCCGAGGCGCAGUAGCAAUGGAAGGCCUGUUUAAUGAAGAGAAGCCCAGCUACACAUAUGAAACAAAAAAUGACUUUGUCCCCAUCGAACCUGCCCAACCCACUUCCGAUCUUCCCCUUCGUGCGGAAACAGACCGCUCCUCUGUCACAUCAACUUUUCUCGAUAUCGAUAUCGGGUCAUUCGAGGCCUCGCACUACGCAGCAGGAGCUCCAUCUGCGCAGCCUUUCCAAUUGGUCGAUGCAAAUACUAUCCGCGCGACCCGGUCCAGUCUUCGAUUGAACAGGACCCCCUCCGAGAAUAGCUCAAAGUCGUCUGAUAGCGGCGUGGAUGACGAUGCGAACCUCGAAGAUACGUUCGUGCCUUCCGGUCCUCGACCUCCCACCAUGGACUGGAAAUUCCCGUCAUUCACACAAGAUGAAGAGGAACAACCAGAAGAAGAAAAAGCAGAAGUAGAAGAAGAAGAGAAGGAGGUCCCUGCACAGGAGCAUGUCACAGACGAGUCUUUCCAGGCUGAGAAGCGAGCUACCAUGCAGUGGACAUUCCCAGUGAUGGGAUCCGUGCCCGAGAGCCAAACCUACGAUGACCGACAUGACACCCUCCGGGCCCCGCUGCCUGAGGUUCAACCUCCACCGCAGUCGCAGCCACUGUCAACAGAUGAACCGGGUGACUCACGUCCUUCGACUUCGGCAUCGAAUACCUCCGACUCAGAUUACGAUCCCUUCCGCUUCGAUCGCCCCACCACCCCAGAGGGUGCAAACUCGCUUCAUCACAGUCAUUUCUUCGACACAGAACUUCCCGCAAUGCUGGAAUUAGCCGGUUACAAUGAAUAUGAGGCUUCGGGGAUUCUCGAUGGCCCCGGGCCAGACGAAGAAUCUCACCCUGUAUGGAAGGAGCACUCCAGAACUUCCUCGUAUGAAGAUGUGACUUCGGGCCCGGUCUCAGAACCGGGAUCUCCCGUGUUCGAAACUAUUCGACAUGUACGACACGACAUGUCUGAAGUCCCCAUGCCACAGGUAGAAGAUAAGGGACCAAUCCCCUUCCCAGCUCUCUAUCCUCCGAAUGCAGCGAGUCUGAUGGAGGGCACUGAUGAUGGUGUGGUGGCAGCAGAACUCAACCGUUUACUAGGUGAUUUCCUAGAGUCGCUUUCGGCGACUGGUGAGGCAUUGUCACGGGCCGAGAUCAAGCAUGAGAUGAAUGGUGUUCAGGUUGUUGAGCAGGUCUAG